CUUCUGUUCCCCUCCGAGUGCGGGGCUCUCCAAAUUUUCAUGGCCAAACAUGCUGCCCGCCCAGUGGCGCACCGCACCCUUAACCACCUCAGUCUAAUUACAGGCCCAGCUGUAUCGAGUCGCGAAUUGACUCAUACCGAACUCACCUGAGCUUGUAAGUGUAGACAAGUCAAUAAGUCUUGCACUUUUACUUUCAGUCCAGUUAAAGGCGUCAAACUACUACACACCCAACAUCAUUGGACAGGAAACUCAUCCGCUCACCAUGUCCCUCACCAACGCCUCCCCCGUCGAUGCCGCAAAGGGUGCGAAAUCGGCCUCUCACAUCCUCGCGACCCUCCCUGCCGAAGCCCGCAACGAUGCCCUCACGGCCAUCCACGCCGCUCUCGCCGAGGCCAAGGACGACAUUCUGGCCGCCAAUGCGCGCGACCUGGAGCUCGCCCGCAAAGCCGCCGCCGACGGUCAAUUGAGUCAGAGUCUCGUGUCCCGCCUGGACCUGGGCAAGAAGGGCAAGUUUGAGGAUAUGCUCAAGGGUAUCUUGGACGUGAGAGGUCUCGAGGACCCAGUUGGCAAGGUCACGCUCAGAACCAAGCUGGACGACGGCCUCGUCCUGGAGAGAGUCACCUGCCCCAUCGGCGUCCUCCUCAUCAUCUUCGAGGCCCGCCCCGAGGUCAUCGCCAACAUCGCCUCCCUGGCCAUCAAGUCGGGCAACGCCGCCAUCCUCAAGGGCGGCAAGGAAUCCACAGAGUCCUUCGUCGCAAUCUCAAAAGUCAUCUCCGCCGCCCUCGACAAGUCCCAGGUGCCCAACCCGGCCGUCCAGCUCGUCACCACCCGCGACGUCAUCCCCCAGCUCCUCGCCCUCGACGACUCCAUCGACCUCGUCGUCCCCCGCGGCUCCAACGAGCUCGUGCGCUACAUCAAGGAGUCGACAAAGAUCCCCGUUCUCGGCCACGCAGACGGCCUCUGCUCCAUCUACCUCACCGACUCCGCCGACGCCGAGAUGGCGGCCAAGGUCCUCGUCGACUCCAAGACGAGCUACCCGGCCGCCUGCAACAGUGUCGAGACCCUGCUCGUCCAGGAAUCCGCCCUCAACACCAGCUUCCCCGCCGCGGCGCAGGCGCUGGUCGCAGCCGGCGUCACGCUGCACUGCGACGCCAAGUCCAAGGCCGCUCUCCAGUCCAAGAUCUCUGGCGACGCGGCCUCCAAGAUCGUCGAUGCCAAGGACGCAGACUACGACACCGAGUUCCUCUCCCUCGACCUCGCCGUCAAGGUCGUCUCGUCGCUCGAGGAGGCGGUGCAGCACAUCCACGCCCACGGGUCCAAGCACACCGAGUGCAUCCUCACCUCGUCCGCCGACGACGCCGAGCGCUUCAUGGCGGCCGUCGACGCCGCGGGCGUGUACUGGAACGCGUCGACGCGCAUGGCGGACGGUAUGCGGUACGGUUUCGGCACCGAGGUCGGCAUCAGCACCAACAAGAUUCACUCGCGCGGACCCGUCGGGUUGGAAGGACUCAUGAUUUACAAGUACAAGAUUCGCGGCCAGGGUCAGGUUUCGUUGGCGUACGGUGAGGGAGAGGGCCAGAAGCCGUUCAAGCAUGAGAAGAUGGCUUUCUAAAUGGAAAGGGGAGGCUGCGUGUAGACAAAAGGAGAGAAAACCAAAAGCAUAGGACCAACGGCGUUAGGUAGGCAUUGUGGGGAUAACGAAGGGAACGAAUGAAGAA